GCCGGAAGUUGUCUUGUGUGCGUUCCAUGCUGUAGAAUUUAGUGGGAUUUUUGGACUGGUGCAGCUGUGGUGACCGGGUGACAUGUCGGAGAAGGCACUGCGAGUAUUAGCCUGCGGUGACGUGUAUGGAAAGUUUGAUGUUCUGUUCAACCGCGUUCGUCAAAUUCAGAAGAAGAGCGGACAGUUUGAUUUGUUGUUAUGCGCUGGAAGUUUUUUUGGGACGGGCCCUGAAAGUGAAGCCCUUUGGCAGGAGUAUAAAUCUGGAGCAAAGCAAGCUCCUAUUCAGACCUGUGUCCUUGGGGCAAAUAAUCAAGAGACAGUAAAAUAUUUUCCAGAUGUUGAGGGCUGUGAAUUGGCUACUAAUAUAACCUACUUGGGUCGUAAAGGAGUAUUUACUGGGGCAUCUGGCCUCCAGAUUGCCUAUCUAAGUGGCAUAGAUUCCUCCAGUGAGCCUGCUCCUGCCUACUGCUUUGUUGCAAAGGAAGUCAUGUCAUUGAAGAUGUCUCUUACUGCAAACUCAAAAUUCAGAGGUGUAGAUAUAUUGCUGACGUCUCCAUGGCCCAAAGAUGUCUGGAAUUAUGGCAACGCUCCGACUGACGUAGACGUGAAAACCUGCGGAUCUGCGUUGGUAGCUAAUCUUGCUGCUAGCUUAAAGCCACGGUAUCAGUUCUCUGCACUGCAAGGAGAAAACUACGAGCGGCUUCCAUACAGAAACCAUGUGGUCUUGCAAGAAAAUGCACAGCAUGUCAGCCGUUUCAUAGCGUUGGCAAGUGUUGGUAAUCCUGGUAAGAAAAAGUAUAUCUAUGCAUUCAGCAUUGUGCCAAUUAGUCAGAUGGAUUCAGCGGAGCUUGUGAAGCAGCCACUGGAUGUCACCGAAAACCCCUUUAGGAAAUCUGGGAGAGAUACCAAGAAAACGUCAGGAAGUAAAGCCUUAGAGGAGGAGGAGGCCUCUCAGCAGUUUUUCUUCGACUUGAGUAGGCAGCAAGGAAAGAAACGUCAUCCGGACGGGAGGGGCGGACAAACGGCAAAACAGCCAAAGAAGCACCCUCAGCCAACUGGACCCUGCUGGUUUUGUCUUGCCAGUCUUGAAGUGGAAAAACACCUGGUGGUCAGUAUUGGGGAACAUUGCUAUGUCGCUCUUGCUAAGGGGGGCCUGACGUCAGACCACGUUCUCAUUCUGCCCAUCGGGCACUACCAGGCCAUGGUGGACCUCUCUUCUGAGGUGGUUGAAGAAUGUGAGAAAUACAAAGCUUCACUGAAGAGGUUCUACAAGUCAAAGGGGAAGAGAUAUGUGAUGUUUGAGAGAAACUACAGGAGUCAGCACCUUCAGUUGCAAGUGGUUCCUGUACCAUUAAGCAGUUGCACUACAGAAGACAUUAAAGAGACCUUUAUUUCUCAAGCUCAGGAGCAGAACAUAGAGCUGCUGGAAAUCCCGGAACACACCGACAUCAAGCAGAUUGUACAGCCUGGAACCCCAUAUUUUUAUGUCGAAUUGGAUAACGGAGAAAAACUUUUUCACAGGAUCAAGAAGAACUUUCCGUUGCAGUUUGGAAGAGAAGUAUUGGCCAGUGGAGCCAUCUUGAAAAUGCCAACCAGAGCUGACUGGAAGGCUUGUACAGUGAGCCAUGAUGAGGAGGAGAGCCUUGCCAAGUCCUUCAGAAAAGACUUUGAACCCUUUGACUUCUCAUUACAAGACUGAACUUUUGUGGUGGUUUUUUAUAUAUUUUUUGUCAUCUGUGGGACGGUUUAUAAAUGUAAAACUGUAUUUAUCAUAAGAGGUAUGUGGGAUUUAGUUGAAUGAUCUUUUGCCACUUCCCACGGACCCGUUAAAUUAUUAUAUAUGAGAUUUCCUCCCUUUAUAUUUGGUUCUUUUUACAGAACAAUACAAUUAAAACAAAACUAAUAAAUCGCCAGCAUCUGGAACCAGUAGCUUCUGUUUUGGUAAUUAUGUUGUUCUUCCUUGUAGCAUGGAGGUACAGUGUAGUUGCCCAAUGUUUGCCAUCUGUUAAUAGGCAACAGCUCAUUUAUCUAUAGGUCUUGCCCAGCUAGCUUGAGGACCUUUUUUAUGAGCCUUUGUCAUGUUCACAAGUGGGUAAAGCUGACGCCAUACCAUUAUUACUUUUUGUCCUGAUCACAGAUCAGAUUUAUUUAUUUUUUGUAGGUGUCCCUGUCCCCCUGAAAUUGGCUCCGUUAACUGCCAUGCCAUAUAUGUUAAUUUAAUGAAUACAUUGAAACUGGGCGGUAAAAGCCAUCCAGUUGUUAAAGGGGCAUGAAGCUGAGCCACUCGAACUCUAUUUAGUCAGUGCGGAAAGCGUCAGAAAGACCCCAUCAACAUGUCAUGAGAUUUAAAGGCUCUAAACACUUGUUGGGGGUG